AUGGCGGCCACCACCAUGGCGCUCUCCUCCCCCGCGAUCAAGCUCGCCGGAGCCUCCUACGCCCUCGGCGGCAGCCGCAUCACCAUGCGCAAGACCGCGCCCAAGGCCGCCGCCUCCAACAGCCCGUGGUACGGCCCCGAACGCGUGCUCUACCUCUCCCGAGCUACCUCAGCGGCGAGUUCCCGAGCGACUACGGGUGGGACACCGCGCUACCCCGGUGGCAGCUUCGACCCCCUUGGCCUAGCUGACGACCCCGAGGCGUUUGCUGAGCUCAAGGUGAAGGAGAUCAAGAACGGCCGCCUUGCAAUGUUCUCCAUGUUUGGAUUCUUUGUGCAGGCCGUCGUCACCGGCAAGGGCCCGCUCGAGAACCUCGCUGACCACCUCGCCGACCCCGUCAACAACAACGUGUGGGCCUUCGCCACCAACUUUGUGCCCGGCAAGUAA